GAUCGAUGACGUCGCAGGGAGGAGGCGGGGCCUCAGAAUGCAAGACAACAAAGGCAUCUUUUGGAGAACAUUCAACUUUUAGUGGUGUCCGUCAUCCAUUAGGUAACACUGUUGGUCACUCUUACUGGUCUGUGAACACCAGAUUAUCCCCGCCGCUUUGGACCCUUGUUUCUCAGAAGCGUGUAGGGCCACACUGUAAUCCACGAUCAUCACACACAUGCAGAUUAAAACUCUGAAGUGCUGAAUUAAGCGGAAACCCUCCCCACCUUUUGGACCGAUCAAGCCCAACAGGCCCACGUACAGAUACACAAUGAUGAGAUUAGAGUGUCUACAAUGCACAGAUGAAGAGCUGGCUCAUCUGAAGUGCUCAGGGUGAAAACCAAACCUUGGAUUUGAGUUUCUGGUAUUUUGGCUGUACCCACAUUGUUGUUUGAAUCCGAAGACGAAAAACAGGAUUACACUUUGAGCAUCUGAAAACAUCCAACCCAUAUUUGAAAGAUGUUUCCCUGGUCUGUAGUGUUUUCCCUGGAGCCAAAGGUUCCCGGUCAGCGUAGCCCAGAGGAGCUGGUGACCAACACCUUGAUGCUGGAGCUGGGCGCCGUGGUGAAACGGACCGAACGAAUCAGACUAGAGAAGGAGGCUCAGAGUCGCAGGCGGCGUAACUCUUCCUCGGCGGACUACAGCUGGCUGGCCGGACCUCAGCCUCACGUCCCCUAUGAGCUCACUCCAGGAGAUGUUCUUGACCUGCAAGACCUGUGUGCUCAGAUACCACCUCCACAGUGUGGUCCUGUCAUUGCGAGGUUCCGGAAACUCGUGUCCGAGUUUGAGCCCGAGGUGCCGGAGGUCCCGAAGCUGUUCAGGAGCGUCCUGCGAAACUGUCUGGAUGAGCUUCAGGGGGAUGCGGAGCUCCAGGAUCGGGUGGACCGUUGGGAGAAACAGCGCAGCAAAAGCCUUUCUUUCGUCACGUUUCGAUCCAAGUUCCGCACCCUGGGUCGUGGGAAGGGAGGCUUUGGGGGUUCCCGCAACGACCUGCAGGAAGAAAACACGUGGUCGGAUGAAGAUGAGGCGGCGGAACAGGAGAUGGCCGUCAUGAGGACCAGGAAGGGAAGAAGCUUCAGCAUGCCAGAGAUCACACCCAUUGAGCAGGCAGCCCAGAGCUGAACAAGAGACAAGCAAGCUUAAGGAAGAACAGAAGGAUGGCAGGAGAAAAACAAAUAAUAGGAUGUAAGUAAGGAAUAAGGGAUAGACGGUGGAAAAGAAGUCAGAGAAGAGAAAAAAUCUCAUGCUGGGAGAAAUCUUGAAAGGGGGUUUCGUGCUUUUGUUAAUCAUACCAAAAAGCACAUCUACAUCUAAAUUAUUAUUUACCAAAUAUUAUUACAUUAACUGCAGUUACAUAACUCAUUCAAAUAUUUUAGGGACCUGUUAAAACUUUUAUAUCCGUGUUUUAUGGUUGUGUUUGGUGUGUAAACUAAUGCUCAGCUUUGAGAAAAAUCAAACCUCUGUGUGUUCAGACAGGGACAGUGUCGCUCCUAUGGUGUUUA